GGAGCGCAGCAGCCCUUCAGGAAGGGAGGAACUACAAGCAGACUAUAUUAAACAUGCGCACAAUCCUCUUGUCUGCAAAUGUUUAAGAGAAACAACAAUAAUAUCCAUUAAGAGGAUGGUUGAAUGUGUUUUGUUCAUAAUAAACGCCUAGACGACGAAUAAUUUCACCGUAGAAAUAAGAGAAAUAUAAAAUGGCUGGCAGCUGAAAUUUGACAUGCUGUGGCCACAAUGUCCAAAAAAGAAGAUUCAGGAGGAAAGAAAGGUUCCCACCGAACUGAACUUUACGCAGAGGUCCCUGCGUCAUGCCUGCCUAUUGUCUAUUCCCCAGAGUACAACAUCACCUUCAUGGGUCUGGAAAAGCUGCAUCCCUUUGAUGCUGGCAAAUGGGGCAAGGUCAUUCGGUUCUUGAAAGAAGAGCAGUUCAUCACCGAUGAGAUCAUCGUUCCAGCCCGGGAGGCCAGCGAGGCAGAUCUUCUUGUGGUUCAUACUACACGUUACCUGAACAGACUCAAGAACGCUAUCUUGGAGGGCUCCAGAGAGUGGUCUCUGGUAGUUGCCACCAUCACAGAAAUCCCACCUCUCCUGUUUCUGCCCAACUUCCUGGUGCAGCGCAAAGUUCUGAAACCUUUGCGAACGCAAACGGGAGGAACCAUUAUGGCUGGAAAGCUGGCAAUGGAUCGAGGAUGGGCAAUAAAUGUGGGAGGAGGCUUCCACCACUGCUCUAGUGACAAAGGCGGAGGUUUCUGUGCCUAUGCUGACAUCACACUUGCAAUCCAGUUUCUCUUUGAGAGGGUGGAGGGAGUUGCCAGGGCCACCAUCAUCGAUCUAGACGCUCAUCAGGGAAAUGGCCACGAGCGGGAUUUCCUGGAAGACAGACGCGUUUACAUAAUGGAUGUCUAUAAUCGCCACAUCUAUCCAGGAGAUGGAUAUGCAAAGAGGGCGAUUAAACGAAAAGUGGAGCUGGACUGGGGCACAGAAGACAUGGAGUAUCUACAGAAGGUGGAGCUCCAUUCAGAAGGGGCGCUGAAUGAAGUACGGCCUGACAUUAUCAUAUAUAAUGCAGGCACGGACAUCCUUGAUGGAGACCCUCUGGGAGGUCUGGCUAUAUCCCCACAGGGUAUCGUAAAGAGAGAUGAGAUCAUCUUCAGGGCAGCCCGGCGGCGAGGAAUACCCAUCCUUAUGGUGACAUCAGGGGGAUACCAGAAGAAGACCGCCCGCAUCAUCGCUGACUCCAUCCUGAAUCUGCACAGACAGGGUUUGAUUGGUGAAGAGGCUGGUGAGGGUGCGGGACCCUCACAUGUGCCGUUUAUGAUGACCAAAUCUGUCUCAUCAGGGGCCGUGUUGGCUGCCAUUUAAAUUCCUCUGAUCUCUGGUCAAGUGUGUCAAACACGCUGUUAAUUUACCUAAUGCAAAAAUUUUGAACUAAUAUAUAAUGUUCUGGACAGGGGUGGUUUUGAUCGAGAUUGACUCAGGAUAGCUUCCGUAGUUCAUUGUUUUGAACUAUUUAACUCGUAUGUUGCAUUUUUUGUGAUAGUUUUAGAAUUAAAUUUAAAGAUUGGGUAAUAUUUUCAAUUUUUCCCUCAUUUCUUAAAGGGGGUUUAAUGCAAUGCUUGUUUGCACGUUCAAUUUUUAGAGGAAUAGAUUUCUCAGUAAUGAAUUCUGCCAUCAUUUUGCUCACCCUCAUUACAAAUCCACUCAGUUUUAUUAUACGGAAAUGCAUGUAUCUCAUUUUGUGUUUCACUGAAGAAAGUUGGAACGACAGAAUUUUCAUUGUUGGAUGAGUUAUCCCUUUAAACAUUUUUCACUGGUGCUCACAGAUUAUUGGAAGGGAAUUGAUUUCUUAUUCAUUUAAAAAGAGAAAAUCUAUGAUUGAAUGUUGCGCAUACAUACAUCCUCUAGAAAUCCCUAGUGUGAGAUACACAAGAAAAAUUUGCCGCAUGAUUUUAUUGAGCAAUUUGUGGCAGCUCUCUCGAACACUAAUUAGAUUUAUUCAAUAUUAAAUUAUGGCAUUAUGAAUCAAUUUUGGAUUCAUUACAGAUUCCUCAUUGUGUCAACCUGCUCUGCUAUAACGCCUUAAAAUAUUCUGUGAAAUUAAAUGGAAGUUGCAUUUAGAGAUGUGCUUUUGGGACCCGUUCGUUUUAGCAGCACGAGGAAUUCUCAUUUGUGUGCAUCAGCAGGUGGACCACUGUCAGUCAUACAGCUUUCUAUCAUAUUACACCUGGCAGGCUUUUGAAAUGUCUUCAGGCUGAGGCCGGGGCUCUCUCUAUUAGGAAAUGAAACUCUUCAUUGGAAAGUCUGAGAGACAUUGCAGUUGGUUACCAGUGUCACUUCUAAAGCCAUGAUCUUGUCUGGCUCAAUUUAACAAAAUGGUUCCUGUCAUCUAGAGAAUAAAUAAGAGAUGAUGACUUUGUUUUUGUUUUUUUAUUCCCCAGAUUUUGAAUUCUAGUGUGACGUUGUGAAGAUUCUCAGUUUUUUGCAACAGGUUUUAUGUUCUGUGAUUUUAUUUUUAGACAUCAUGUGUAGAACAGUGUGCAAUUUUUACUCAAUGAGUUUAUUACUCCACACAUAUUUGCCAUUGGAUUUGUCACUUUAUUGGCAUAUUGAGCUGUGAGUUUACUUGAAGAUAUGGUUCACCCAGAAAUGAUCUGUCAUCAUUUAUUUACCCUUAUGUCUUUCCAAAUCUGUUUGACUUUUUUUUCUUUUUUAUGUGGGACACAUAAAGUAUGGAGCCUCUAAAGGGACCUGGUGAUGGAAAAAAAAAUAUGAUAUGGUCGAGAAAUAUAUAUAUUUCUAUGCUUUUGCGUUCACUCAUGAAACUUGAAACUUUUGUUUUCCCCCUGAGAAAAACUGGUGAUGGAAAUAAUAUGAGAGGGCAGGAAAAACUAUUUUUUUCAGGGAAGCGCAAAAGUUUUGCAAGCAAACGCCAAGUUUCUAGUGGGAAUGCAAAAUUAUGUGAGUAAAGCAUUGAAAUAUAAUUUUUCUUCUCAUAUUUUUUUCAUUAUCCACCGUCACUGUAUAGAACAGAGCAGCAUGAACAUUCUCCAAAAUAUCUCCUUUUGUGUUCUGCAGAAAAAAAUCAAACAAGUUUGAAACAACAUAGGGGGACUUUUAAUGAGCUGUCACUUUUAUUUAGUUUUAUUUCAAGCUCAAGGUUGGUAUUCAGAGGAUUGUCUUUGUAAGGAGCGAGUAAUGAGUCAUGAACUUUGUGUAAGGCACUUAUACUCCGGUUGCAGGGGUAAUUGUCAUGGCUCUGAUCUCUUGAAUGAAAGUCAUACUGGUGUAAGUGGCCCUCCAGACCUUUCUGCACUAAACUGCUCGUGAAGCACAGAAUAAUAUAAAAACAUUGCUCUGUUUGAGCAUCUCGACCAUCCCUGCAUAGCAAAGUUGCAUCAACCAAUGGCAUGAUUUUUGUGGUGAGAUUAUAGUUUUGUGUGGCUAGUGGCAGAUGGGGAGAAUGUUUGAUGGUGCUAGUGGUACAGGAACUACACACAAAACCUUUAAGCGUAAUUUAACAUGUAAUUCUUCAAAUCCACUGAAAUAGUAUGAUUGUUGUUAUUUAUUUUGUGAUUUGUUUUUGUUUACAUUGAUACCUCCCAUUCCACGUAUCCCGGUGUGAGACUUUAAAUAGCGGGUUAUAAAAGAUAACUAAUUUGGUAAGGUGUUUACUCUUUUGGGAAUGGCAAAAUUUGAGUUAUUAAUUUUUUUUUAGGUCUUGGGUUAAAGUUAUGAGUCUGAUAUUGCACUAGGGAGCUGGAGGGAUCUUGGUAAUGGACACUAAUGAGUUUAGUAGGGCUCUUUUUGUCCCUUUCCUUUCUUUUUCUUUUUAAUGAAAGCCGUCAAAAGGAUGUGUAUGGAGGUCACUUGAAAGACGUGAACCCUUUAGGUCUUGCCAGCAGUUUAAUGGAUCCGUACAUGAAAAGGACCACUGUGGUCCUGCUUGAACAAAUGACUUGGCUUACUGAUGAGUAUUUCAUGUGCAUAGAUCUAAAAGGUUUGGUUAAUAACAUUGCAUAACAGUGAUUUUUCUGUAUGAACACUAGCACUUGUGAUUUUUGCCAUUUUAUGAAUAUUCAUUUAAUUCCUUUGUUUUGAAUUAUUUUUGAAAUGAAAUUAGGCUACUUACAAAUUAAUUAGUACUCUUAUUUAACUCAUUAAUCAUAUCAAUGUCUAUUUAAACAUGUGUUUUCUUGUAAAGAAAUACUUAAGCACUUGGAUAAUAUACAGUACAUUUAUACAUAAAUCUAUAGAGAUGGUGGUUUGUUAACAUCUAACAAAUGUGCCAAAUUUUUCAUGUUGUGUUUAUGUUCUUUUGUACCUGCACUUUUUAUUUAAUGCCAUUUUUAUGUAAGAACAGGGAAAAUAAAUCAAUUCUAACAAUGCAAUUACCGAAGACCUCAUGUUUAUUGUAUACUAUGUCUGUUAAUACUUAUGAUUUAUAUGACUUUUUUCCAUCAGCGUGACAUCUUCAAACACCUGCUGGUUUAUUGUUUGAAAUCCUCGCCACAACCAUAGAAGAUUAAUGUUGAAAGCGAGUGCUGAGCGGUGGGACAAAUGUGCUGUAUUAUUCAUCAUCUCUGCUUUCAGUCUCUUUGUUUGCAGUGCAAAAGCAGAUAUAAUCUGUUUAUACUGACGAUUCAGUAUGUGUGUUCCCAGGGAAUCAAACCCACGACCUUGGCGUUGCGAGUGGCAGUUGAGCUGAAUGCCCAUGAAGUGGAUAUUCUUUCAGAUGAGGGUGUGAUCCUGGGUUGGUUGUUGCAGAUUGAUGUCAAAAUGAUUGGAACAGCUGGGUCUUCUAACCGGGCUUGACGCCAACUCUCACACAUCAGCUCUCAAAAGACAGUCCAUCACCCUUGAUAAGUGGCACCUGGAUGAGACCUGGAGUGCAGAGAUUCAGUCUGCGAGAGCUAUUAUUAAAAUCCUGUCUGGGGGACUUUCCUGUUGGCCAACAAUGACGUGUAUCUUGUUUUCUCCCAGCAUUUAGAUGUCUCCAGAUGGACAUGCAUUAUUCAACAGGACUGCAAUAUGAACAGUGGACCAGCAGGUGGCUGCAGGAGGCGUGUGUGUAUGUGGACCGCAGUCUCACGCAGCACAUGCUUCUUUGAGCAGUUGCUCCAUAUGGGCAGAUUCGAGAUCAGUUUAUCUCCUCAGGCCAGUAAUGCACUUGGUGGAGGACAGAGCUGAGGGACUUUUCUGAGACCAGAAAUCACUUGUGUCAUGGGAGUACUACGCUGCAGAAGAGGCGUUGGCUGUAGGAUAUUAGAGCUGCAGAAUUCCAAGGAGAAAUAUCCAAACGUUCCGUGAUCUCCUAUUGUGAUGGUUGGCUCAACUCGAGAGAGACGCCUUUCUUUUUUGCCAGAUAAACAUUCUCCACCAUCACUAUAAAUUAAUGAAGUCUGCACAAUUGGGUGGAGACGGCUUCCAGCGUCCUUUUUUGUAGCUGAAAAAUACGAUACUUUCAAAAUGAAGGGAUGACUGCGAUGGAAAAAGCAACAGAGGCUGCGGCACUGCAGGCUCACAGACUCACAGACCUUCAGACACAGCUUUCAUCAUUAAAGACCCAUCAGAGCCCGUGAACGGCCCUUACCUCUGGAUAAAACCCAAAUAAUAAUCAAUCAAAAGGCCGACCGGCCAAGACACACAAACACAAAGCCCCUGUUUUCCCACAGAGAGCAGAGAACUCAUGCCUUGAAGCUCUUGCAGUCUGUGGAGGAAUUCCUGGCAAGACAAGACAGAAAUCGAAACCUGCCGCUCAAAGAAUUGAAG